CUUGAUCGUUUUGUGACCAUGACCCCCACCAGAAGGCCCAGGGGUUUGAGGCUGUCAGGCCGUGGUGCGGCUGGAGGCAGGAGGGGUAGAUCCUCCUUAUGCCCAAUGGUUCCUGCAGAAAGACUGGUGCCAAGCCUGGAGUCGCCAGGGGAGGGUUCAUCCCAGCACAUCGAAAGGCCACAAGGGCGUUUACCCCCCUUUUCCGAGGAGGAAAAUCAAGUCCUUGUUGCAAGUUAUUUCCAAAGACACUCCCAAAUCCGGGGCCUGGGCAUCUCCCGUGCGAGUGCUCCCGAAAGAGAACGCCUAUGGGAGCAGAUCGCUGUGGCAGUGAGUGCAGUGGGAGGCCGUGCUCGCCGUACCUCUGACAAGGUGCAGAAGCACUUAAAUGACCUGGUGGGGCGGCUCAGGAAGUUACUGGGCACGUGGGCUCGCCAGGGGUAUGUGACCAGGUGGGGUGUGGCUCCAUCCCAUCUGAGCCAGCUCAGGGAAUAUCAGAGGCAAUUGCUGGAUAUCAUCAGCCUGGAGACAGUUGUUGGUGCCGCUUCUCAGGAUGACACUGAUGAUAUCCAGCAUGCCCAAAGUCCUGUGUCAUCUCCCCCUGGCAGCCCCUCUGGCCAGCAACAACCCGAAGAGCCGCCCACACAGACUGAACAGGUCUCCCCUGGUAAGUAAUCAAAUGAGCUCUGCUUUGUUUGCCAAAAAUACAACAGUAAGAGGAAACUUUACAUUUAACCUUAAAAAAUAUCUUCACAGCAA